GAGACUACGCUGUCUUUGGGCUGUUUUCUUCAAGCCAUUCUAUGGGUUGAGGCGUCUCUGUUCAGACUUGUUGAACUAGUUUCAUUUCACUACUUGUAAUGUGUUUCCUUAUUUCUUCCAGCUGUAGAUCUCUGUUACAGCUAGAGAUUUCAUAUAGUUGACUAGAAAGUUGAGCUGAGUGGAUGCAGAUCUCUUAGGAUCAGAUUCUUCCCCCAGAUGUAUCGAGAAGUAGGAUUUGGCACCCAAAGCAGAGAUUUGAAACCAUGGAUGAUUGCCCUUCUCAUUGUGUCAUUACUGACAGUGGUGGCAGUGGCCAUCGGACUUCUGGCUCACUUCUUAGUCACUGGUCAGAAAGUGGAGUAUUAUCACGGCACCUUUAAAAUUUCAGACCUGCGAGUCAACAGUAACUCUGGACAAAACAGCCCAUACCAGCUUAAGGACUUAAGGGAGAUGAGCGAAAACUUGGUGGAUGAGAUAUUUAUUGACUCGGCCUUGAACAAGCAUUACAUUAAGAACCAAGUAGUCAGACUGACUCCAGAGGAAGACGGUGCAAAAGUAGAUGUCAUUAUGGUGUUCCAGUUCCCCUCUGCUGAGCCAAGGGAAGUAAGAAAAAAAAUCCAUCGCAUCUUAAAUGAGAAGAUAAGAAACACCAGAGCCUUGUCAAUAAAUGCCUCAUCAGUUCAAGUUAAUGCAAUGAGCUCAUCAACAGGGAAGCUAACUGUCCAAGCAUGUUGUGGUAAAAGAGUUGUUCCAUUAACAGUCAACAGAAUAAUGUCCGGAGACCUUGCAGUCAAGGCUGCCUGGCCGUGGCAAGCUUCCCUUCAGCAUAACAAUAUACAUCAGUGUGGGGCCACCCUGAUUAGUAACACGUGGCUUGUCACUGCAGCGCACUGCUUUAAGAAGAAAGCAAAUCCAAGUCAAUGGACUGUUAGCUUUGGAACAACAAUCAACCCUCCAUUAAUGAAAAGAAGUAUCAGAAAAAUUAUUGUCCAUGAGAGCCACUCCCCAGCAAGAGAGUACGACAUUGCUGUAGUGCAAUUCUCUCCCAGAGUCACUUUUACUGAUGACAUCCGUCGGGUUUGUUUGCCAGAAGCCUCUGCGUCCUUCCAACCAAAUUCAACUGUCUAUAUCACAGGAUUUGGAGCACUCUUCUAUGGUGGGGAAUCCCAAAAUAAUCUUCGAGAAGCCAGACUGAAAAUCAUAAGUGACGAUGUGUGCAAGCAGCCACACGUGUAUGGGAAUGAUAUAAAAUCUGGAAUGUUUUGUGCUGGGUAUCUGGAAGGAAUUUAUGAUGCCUGCAGGGGUGAUUCUGGGGGACCUUUAGUUGGAAAGGAUCUUAAAGAUACCUGGUACCUCAUUGGAAUUGUGAGCUGGGGAGAUAACUGUGGUCAAAAGAACAAACCUGGAGUCUACACAAAAGUGACUUAUUAUAGAAACUGGAUUGCUUCAAAAACAGGCCUCUAAUUCCCUAUACAAGUUAAACAUGGAGAGCUGUAUGCAGAUCAUACAUGUAUGAGAAUCCAAAUAUUCUGUGGAUAUAAGUACAUUGAAGUGAGAUUAAAUGACAUGAUUUAGUUCAACAUUGCUUUCAUCAAUCAAAAACCCAUAACCAAUUUAAAAAAGAUUUAAAUCUGUAAAGUAGUGGAUCAAUUUAACCUGUCCUGCAGCUCUUUAAAUCAUGCAAGCUAGAAUAUUAAUGAGGAGUAGUGCAAAUUUCUGAGGAUAAUCCACGAUAUUUUUAGAAUGUCUUUGUUAGGGGUGUCCCCUUAAGUGAGAAACUUUUUAAACUCUCAGAGUUCGGGAAACCCUUAUAUAAUUUUCUAUUAUUUCUCCAGAGCUCACAAAUACUUCUUUUUUCUUUUUUCUUGUUCUUCCAGAUUUUCCAAAGAGAUUUCCCACAUUUUCUAUUUAUAACCCCACUGAAAGGAUCUUCAUUUAAAAACAAAGUUAUAUCUAGGAAACAAAGUAUGGUGAUAAAUCAAGCCAGAAAUCUAACUUUUGUCAGCUGUGAAACCUCCCUAAUUUCUUGGUGAUUCUUUAACAUAUAUACACACACACAAUAUACUUAACUUCAGAUAUACCCAGAAAAGCCUGAUUAAUGAGUAAAUAUAUAUAUAGUAAUUAGCUAAUCAAAACGUAUUUUUGUUACAGAGGGGAAAGGUAAUGGUAGUUUUAUGAGCAGUCCCAAAACAAUGGCACAAAAAUUGGACAUUUUAUAGAUGCAUUUAUAUAUUUGGACCACCAGAGGCGUCCUUGUACAUUAAUGCCUAGAAAAAAUUGAGAAUUUGCUAAUAUGUUGAAGAAUUAAUGAGCAUUAUCUUUCCACAUAGAAAAAGUUUAUUUCUUUGUAUUACUGCAGUCAAUUAUCUACUUAGGCUUGCAGCAACAGCCUGACUAUUUCAGCCAUGAAAAUUAGUUUUAAAAAAUUUAGAAAUAUAAAUUUUGAGGAUUACCAUACAGAACACAUGAACAAAGUGAUCUGAAAGAGCAAAUAAACCCCCUAGGUAGUGUUUCAUGAAGACAUUAGGAUAGUCAGGCUCAUGUAUUCCAUUAUACAAUUAAAUGAAGAUUUUUGUGGAAACUGUUACUCUGUGUCACAAGGCUAGCUUAACAUCAGGGUUACAGGCAGGGUGUCAUUUACUCAUGUGGUUCAAAUAUAAACCAAACCAUUGGAAAAAUCACUUUGUAAUAAUUUCCCCCACGUGCAGCUGAUAAGGCAUGAAAAUAAUCCUAAAAUAAUCUAGAAGAGAUUUAAAAUUUAUUCAUCACAAAAACUGUUCCAUAACUUAGACUCACAAAAUUUUAAAGUUUAGGAGAGACGACAUGUCACAUGUGCCAACAUACUUACGGUUCAGAGAACUGAAGGCAAGAAAUGUAAAUGAAUUGGCGAAGCUGUAGGUAAUUUGUAUCCCCAGCGGUCUUCAUACCCAGGUGCCAAUUUUACAUGCCCUUUUCCUUACAAAGUAUCUUUAUGAUUGUCUAUAUUUAUUGAAUCAUCAGUUGUAGAAAAAUUACAGUGAGUUCUAUGGAAUCUGUUUUAAAUUAAGAAACUCUUAAGAAUUUUAAAUUGGCUUGCUGCUAAUCUUCUGAACUCACUUCAAGAUAAAGUUGCUUCUUCAUAUGUAAAAUUAUACAUACACAUAUAAACUAUUCAGUAUUAUGAUGGUAAGAUAUACUUUUGAUUUCUAGUGUUAAGAUUCAAGAAAUUAUCUUAGAGGUAAAACUUUGCAUUUGUUUUGUGCAAUAUUUAAUUCUGGGUCACAUGUAAGUGAAUACCACUGUAUCAUUUAAAAUCUAAUAAUAAAGUUGGUGAUUGGAGCAUUCUACAAAUA